CAAGUGGCUUUUUUGGCGCUCCAGCCAUGGCCACACUGGAGCGAAGCUUACAAAAGCAAAAGAGUUGGAAAAGUAUAUGUUUUUAACAUGGUUUUAUAACGCACAUACAAGUGGAAACGAAACUUUGCGACGCGUCCAAGGCACACACACCCACCCGCAAAAAGAACCGGCAGCAAGUCAGCACCAUGGCCAAGGCGAACGGCUGGAAUGGGUGCGGAAUGGGCGUGCACGGCAAUGGGAGCAGCAGCGUCUCCAUACGCUCCGCCUCGAAGUACUCGCGCAGCACGGAGCUGCGUCGCGUCGAGGACAACGACAUAUACCGGCUGGCCAAGAUCCUGGACGAGAACGCUUGCUGGCGCAAGCUAAUGUCGAUCAUACCCAAGGGCCUGGACGUGCAGGCUUGCAGCGCUGCCGGCGGCCUCAACUUUUCGGCGGCUGUCAGGAACGGAUUCAAAUACUCUGCGCAGGAUGUGUGCCAGAUUGACGAGGCCGCGAACCGGCUGCCGCCCGACCAGAGCAAGUCCCAGAUGAUGAUUGACGAGUGGAAGACCUCAGGCAAGCUGCACGAACGGCCCACCGUGGGCGUGUUGCUCCAGUUGCUGGUGCAGGCUGAGCUCUUUAGUGCGGCCGACUUUGUGGCGCUGGACUUUCUGAGUGAACCCACGCCAGAUCGCCCGGCAGAUGGGCCCGCAGCACCUAUAAGCCUCGACCUGUCCGAGCUGCUGGAGGAAGAAAUGGACGUGGACAACGAGGGACCGGGUUAUCAACCACCGAACACUGCCACCUCGAAUGCAGCUGCCCAGGGCAGUGUGGGCCUGAAUCUGGACAAUUUCGACAAGCACAUGGUGCCGCGGGACAAGAGCGUGCCGCAGCCAUCCGAAAAUGUUCCUCCUAUAGCCCCACCUCGCGCCUCCCGCCUGCUAAGGGACAGUGCCGGCUCAAGGAAUGCAGCCAGCACCGGGGCCACCACCUCGUCGACGACAGUCCCCAACAUCCCCAAUCUGACAAUUCUCAAUCCCAGCGAACAAAUCGAGGAGCAGCGUCAGCAGCAGCCGCGUCAGCAGAACAUACCCAACCUGUCCAUACUCAUUGCCAGCUCGGAGGCUUCGAUGACAACAGCGUCGACUUCGCUGGGGAACCCAAGCAACCGAGCCAGUUCCACGGAUCCGCCAAACAUACCGCGCAUCACGCUGCUGAUUGAUAAUUCCGCCGAGAUAAGCUCCCCGCCCGUCCUUGAAGCUGCGGGGAGAACCGCAACGGCAGCCAGCCCAGCGGCGAGCACGAACAAUUUGCCAAUGAUAAGCGCUCUAAAUCUGAACACUGACAACGGCGAGCACCCGGACAGCAGCAGCAGCUUGAGCAACGAUGAGGACGAUGAUGACGACGACGACGAGGUGGAUGGGGAGGGCGACUUUGCGGAUGUAUCCCUGCCAAACAUGAGCAACUCGGAGCAACCGAACUCCAACAAUGACUCCAGCCUGACAACGGUCACUGGCACCAGCGGUGAUAACAGCUUCGAGCUGACCAAUGACUCCAGCUCGGCCUCAAACGACGAUUACGCCGGCAACAUUCCAAAUUUGAGCGAGCUGCAGCAUUAAAGAAAGUGACGACGCGCCCGUCCAUUGAGCAGAUUUCCACAAGCCAGACAUUCCAUUCCGUUAACCAUAUUAGCCUAAGUUAUGUUUGUCCUAACUGCGUGUAUUUAUUUGUUAGCCGACGCCGAUGACAUCGGCCUGUAAAUGCGGACCUAGUUAUUAUGCAUACUGUGUAAGGUCCAAGUAGAAUCUAAGAUUCGGGGCAAGCUUUCGACAUACUACAAUUGUUUCGUUGUCCAUAUCACACGGCUACUGACCCAGAGUCCAUGACAAGUGGCGGUAAUAUAAAAUAUUUCCGUUUCGAGAAGGCCAUACGUAUAUGUAACCAAAUAACCGAUUGUAACAAAUUUUGUAUCUUUUACAAAGUACGAAUUGUUUUUCAAGUAAUAUACUACAAGAGAAAA